CGCCAAGACCAAGCUCCCUUAUCAAGACUAUCAAUCAAUCAAUCAAUCAAUCCAUCAAUUAUUUUCUCCAACUCCACUCCCUCAAUCCCCAAUCCAACCACAACUACAACACCCCAAACCACCAAAGACCAAAAAAAUCAAAAACAAAAAGAAAGCAAUAAAAAAGAACAAAAAAUGGCCACCCGCCUCGCAAGCCAAUCAAUCCACAUAACAACAACCCCAAUGCCACGCUCCCUAACAGAAAGCAAACAAAUCCUGUCCGCGCUCCAGAAAUUCGGCGAAGUAGUGACCUUCCGCAACCUCAAGUACGACACGACAAACACAUCCCAAAACCCCGCCUCUCGAUCUAUCAUCGCGAUUUUCGAAUCGCCCUCCUCCGCAUCGCAAGCCAUCGCCGCCUCCCCACUCACAAUCCCUCUUGUUCAACCACCACCACAACCUCAAUCGCAAUCGCAUCUACCACCUAGAGAACCAGGAACGCCCUCCCCGGAUCCCUGGGCCUCGAGUGAAAAUGCCGCCGUCCAGUCUCAUAUAACCUGCACUAUCCAGCCGUCGCGACAUAACCAUGAGUCUGCGCUGCGGCGGAACCCGUUCCAUACGUUGUUCCAUGUUAAUGGGAAGAGUUGGCAGGCGAGGGAUUUGGUGAAGACGGGGAUUCCGUUGAGGGAAUUGGCGGAUGUGCCGAUGGCGAGGAAGAGUCAUGAGCCGUUUAAGGUGAAGAGGAAGGUGCAGGCAGAGAAUGAGCGGUUGGGGGCUACGAGUUUGAUGGCGCUUUAUGAGGGGGGGCUUAGGGGUGAAGAGGGUAGGGAUGGGUCGAAUUCUGGGGAGAGAACGGUUGAGGGUAAGGAGAUGGAGGUGGAUUGAGGAUGGGUUGGUUUGGGUGGUUUGUUCUGUGCGCUGAGGUUUAUUUGGAUGGUUUUUUGCUGGCUUGGGCAAUGCGACAUGCGUGUGAGUGUGCAUGCGCGCAUUAGAAUGCUCUGUUGGUCUUGUUGGGCGUGAUGCUGCAUCGCUGUCUUCCAGGGCGGAUAGAGAGACUUUCCCGGCACGACUGUUGAGCGAUGCUCAGCUAGUGCCCGUCAGGCUAUGAACGAUCUGUAGAUCGGUCCAGAGUUCGAGCAGGCUCGAAGUAUACCUCCUCAAAGCGAGGUAUGACACCGUGAACACAGAGAAAAUGAAGUUUCUCUUAAUCUACAUGUAACAUAGGAGAUGUAUAGGAAUGAAAUCCGCUUUCCAUUAACCAUGA